AUGGCCGGACGUGUGGCACUGGCGAUGGUCCUGCUGUGCGCGGCGGCUGCCAUGGCCGCGGCGCAGUCGGCGUCCAACGUGCGCGCCACAUACAACUACUACAACCCGAGGAGCAUCAACUGGGAUCUCUACACCGCCAGCGCCUACUGCUCCACCUGGGACGGCGGUAGGUCGCUCGCCUGGCGCUCCAAGUACGGCUGGACCGCCUUCUGCGGGCCGGCGGGGCCGCGCGGCCAGGCAUCGUGCGGCCAGUGCCUCCUGGUGACCAACACGGCGACCGGCGCACAGAUUACUGCGAGGAUCGUCGACCAGUGCAGCAAUGGCGGGCUGGACCUGGAUUACGACACGGUGUUCAGCAGGAUUGACACCAACGGGCUGGGAGUGCAGCAGGGCCACCUUAUCGUCAGCUACCAGUUCGUCAACUGCGGCGACAACGAGCUGCUGCUCCAGCGCGAAGAGAAAUAAGAAGCUACCACUGCAUGUAAUGUUGUAUUUGCAGCUACCAGCUGCAUCGUACUAAUAAAGUGGAAUAAAAUGGAUUGUGGUGUGAUGGAUCCAAGGUUUUCCUUAUUUUCAAGGAGUUAUGGGAAGACAGUUUAUUUGCAAAAAUAAGAAGCUACAUGUAAUGUUGUAUUUGCAGCUUACCGCAUCGUAAUAAAGUGGAAUAAAUUGGAUUGUGAGGGAUCCAAGGUUAUUAUUCAA